CUGCAGAUAACAAAAACCCUAGCAUUUCAUCAUUCAUAAAUAUGUUCGCAAAUUAUCAAACCACCGCCAACUGUGCAGCCGUCGCAUAUCUACUCUGCACUCGUGAGAAUACAAAUCAGCCAGCUAGCCAGCCAGCCAGAGCGAGUCAGUCAUGCAGCCAAAUACAUACCUACUCACCAGCCAGCCAGCUUGCUAACCAGCCAACGGAUACAUUUUUCCGACAUUCAAUUGGAAUAAUUUGUUAUUUCGCAGACGGCAUUCGAGGAAGACGCAUGCAAGCGAGCUAAUAAGCCGGACAAACGCAAGGCAAGCAGAACCAUACAGUGAGCUAGUGAGCGCGUGUGAACACCACUUAAGUGAGUGUGAAUAGUGAAUAGUUCUCGAAUAAAUGAAUGGAUAAGAAAAAAGAAAAGAGAGUUCGAAGAAAAAUACAAAAUUACAGUAUAAACAAGUAUUAAAAACGACCAACGGCCGAAAAUAGCGCUGUUGAAUAACCACAAUAAUCGAAAAAAGUCGCGUAAGGCGUCAAAAAAAAAUAAACAAAGCGACGAGAAUAUUGCCAUCACAGUGCAUGCAAUACAAACAAAAAUAGUAUAAAUAAACAGAAGGUAAACGCUAAAAUGGAAAAUCCACAAUUGCCGCAUGUGUUGCGGCUUAUGAAGUCGCCUAGCAGCAGCAAUAGUCAGCAUUUGAAGUGAAUUAGUACUGCCGCGCGCCGAAGUGAAGAAAACAUGUUUUGAAAGUCAAGUUUUUUUUUUUAAUUUGCAUGGACGUCAAUUAAACUUUAACUUAACAAGGCACUAGAGGUGGCAGUAUAGAGAUUUGCAAGCGACGAAUCAAUUUUUAUAUUCCAACAAAGUGCACGCGCUUCCAACCAGAGAAAGCGCGUUUGCAUCUGUAACCUUUUUGGCCGUUCCAUUACGUUACUAUACAACAGCUGCGACCUUAGCGGGCAAGCGUGCGCGUGAAAAACAGUUCGUGCAACAUCUUUCAGACACACAAACACGUGCACUCCACUAAAUUUGUGAAUUAAAAUCCAAAACACUUGCCAAGUUGCGACUUCUUAAGCCCUAAUUUAAAAGCGUGCUGCAAGUGCGCGCCAAAAAAAAACAACGCAUUCGUGCGCAACAGCCACCAUUGAACGACCCACAACAACAACCCACCCACAUCCACAACAUUAUCAACCACACCAGCACUCGCACCACCAGACCCGGCACACACUCACCUUCACCCACAGCAACAACCCCUUCACCACCAACAUGUCACUGCAAACUAAGCGUCAACACUGUUAUCUGUGCGAUCUUCCCCGCAUGCCUUGGGCCAUGAUCAAUGACUUCUCCGAGUCCGUUUGCCGCGGCUGCGUCAACUAUGAGGGCGCCGACCGCAUUGAGCUUGUCUUAGAUGCCGCGCGUCAAAUGAAACGUUUACAUCAGGCCGCCAAGCGUAGUCACGAGAAUGGAGAGGUGGUCGCACAACAACAACAGCAGGCACAACAGCAACAACAAGCAGCCGUUGCAGCAGCACAAGCGCAACAUCGCAGCGCAAGCGGUGCGCCUAUUAGUGUGGGCGUCGGUGUUGGGGUUGUCGGUCCACAACAGCAGCAGCAACAUCAUCAUGGCUAUGCGACACAACGCAUCGGUCCACCGCCACCACAAGCUACCGGUCUUAUGGAUUUCCCAGUGAAAAUGGAGGCGCACGACGCUAAUGUACGUCCAGUGCGGAUCUCACAUAUGGCACCGCAUCAUAUGUCAAUGACAAAUCGUGCUGUUGCUGCUGCGGCGGCAGCUGCAGUCGCCUCCAACGUGGGUGUAGUGGGUCCAGUGCCACCAGCGUUAUCGGUGAACUUGAAGCGUCCCCCCUCCGAGGAUGAUGAUCAUACGCAUGUGGUGAUGGUGGGGGGCGGCGGCGGUGGUGGUGGUAUUGCUGGUGGCGGACCGAGUGCCAUGAAGCGUAGCGCCAUCGAUGAUCCCAAUGUACCGCGACCACCGCUAACACGUGGCGAAUCAUUGCCGGCUGCUGUUUCCUUUGUACCCGAUCGACAAGCAGGUUUGCGAGAUAAGCAUCAACCAGUACGGGCACCAUCAUUUGAUGCAUCCUCCUUCAAGCCGGGUGGUAAGUUUAAGAAAGCAAUACCAUUUUCUGAAAAGUUUAAGUGCUUAAGACUAUUUGUAACAUACUCAUUACGUCACAUAGUACAUUAGCACCAUGACACAGUUGUUGUUGUUGGAUAUCUUCACAAACUCAUCGAUGCAGUGGCUAGGGAUCACAAGAGCUUGUAAAUUUCUAUAGGUCAAUCGGUCCAUUAUACAUAUGAUCACUAAUUAACUAAUUAACUAAUCAUCGGUUUUGCAAUUAUCUACAUCUGUGCUUCGUGUUCUUGGUAUAAUUGUAGUUAAAUAAUUGUUGCGCUAAUUGUGUGUGUUUUAUUUGUGCUUGGGUUUAGUGUAAGGCCUUAAACUAUUUUCGUAUUUCCCUUUAUUGUUUCGAAAUGAAGAUCUGCUGGAUGAUGUAAGCUUUUUCAAAACAAACUCUGGCCGUAUAGAAAUGGGAACUCACUCGUUAGAGAACGUGACUUCUAAUAAGUUUCUGCGGACUCCAGAGAUCCGAAUUAUCCUUGGGGUUGCGAAGAAGAAGUAUUCCUCAUUUUCUAUUACGAAUUGGUGAGAUUUUUGACGCUAUCUAUCAUUCGAUUAUUCGGAAAAUUUUAAUUUUUAACUGGUGCCGUCUGUUUAAAAUUCCAUUUAAAUUUUCCAUUCUCACAUGCAUUAUAUUCCCAAAUAUAUUUUUUAUCAAUAACCAACUUUGAAUCGUUUUCUAAACUAUUAACUCAUCUCAGCAUUUACUCUACACAUUCCAAUAUUUGAAGAAGAUAGCGCAUAGGUGGUAUAUAUGUAUAUACAUUGAAAAAAAAAUAAAAUUUUUAUUUGAUAAGGGAAAGUGCUGAUAUGUAAAAAUAAACAUUGAUAAAGAAUUGAACGUUGAUAAAAGGAAUACUGAUAAGAGAACUUAACGUUGAAAAAUUUCAAUGCGGCUCAAAUCAAAGUUCGUGCUUGCUAUGUGUGUAUGUAUGAAGAAAAACAUAUUUAUUGAUUUAUUGUGUUCAUAUAAUAGCACAUUCAUCCUUGACUGACUGAUAAGGGACACAUAUAGUCUUCAAUUUAAUGUUUGUUGUGUUGCCUAAUACUAUUGCCGAUAAUUUAAUUGUCUGCUCUAAAGUAAUAAAAGUGUGCUGAAGAGUAAUAAAAGCUUUUGAAAGGUUAAACUCAGAGCUAAGUUUUAAUGAAUCAGGCAUCAGUUCUGCUGAUGAUAACUUUAACAGAUAAGUGAACCCAUUAAAGAAGAAUACGUAAUGCUGUGAUUAGGGAAUGAACUUUAGAACAGAAAUUUAAACCUAAAAUGAUUGAAGUAAAAAGAAAAAAAUAUCGGCAGAAAAUAUAUUGAAGGUAAGAACAUCAAAAUUCGGGCUAAGUAAGGUUAGAUUAGACAACGAAGCAAUGGAUACCCACAUUCAGAAAGCUUAGCAAAAGUCCAAGCGCCAAGAGAAUGUUAUUUUAAUUAUCAUUAUUAUCGAUUAUUUUGUAUC